CAAAACAAUACGCUGCGUCAUUCACGUGCGCCACGAGGCUUUGGUAUCCUCGGCAACAUCACGGAAUUAGCCGCUCUUUUGGUUGUUAAGAAGAUUAUAAUAUACCCAUUUAAGUUUGUUUGCUUUGCUGCCACUGUUCUCUGAUAAUAGGAGGUCAUUUUAAUUCUUGACAUUUCUGCCAAACAUCGACACAAAAGAGGAAUGUUAAGCAACUAGCAGCAAAACGAAUAUUUUACUGCUUCCCAAGCAGAGCUAGCUCGAAGAAACAUUUUUCCUCUAUUCUCUUUGUUGGGAAAUUGACAAUGACAACCCUGACAAGACAAGACCUUAACUUUGGACAAGUGGUUGCUGAUAUUUUGUGCGAGUUCCUGGAAGUCGCGAUUCAUCUCAUCCUGUAUGUGCGUGAAGUCUAUCCCUCUGGAAUCUUUCAGAAGAGGAAGAAAUACAACGUACCCGUGCAGAUGUCCUGUCACCCUGAGCUGAAUCAGUACAUCCAAGACACUUUACAUUGUGUGAAGCCACUCAUCGAGAAGAACGAUGCAGAGAAGGUGGUCGUGGUCAUCAUGGACAAAGAGCAUCAUCCGGUCGAGAGAUUUGUGUUUGAGAUCUCCCAACCUCCUCUGCUCUCAAUCAGCUCAGACACUUUGUUGUCGCACGUGGAGCAGCUGCUGAGAGCGUUCAUCCUGAAGAUCAGCGUGUGUGACGCUGUUUUGAACAACAACCCCCCAGGUGAGAGGAGUUAUCACUGUAAGCUCCUAAACGGUAAACACAAAUAG